ACUCCACAUUUUUUAAAAAAUUUUGUUUCUGCAAAAAUGUGGAAAGUUCAGGCACUUGUGGUGCAAAUCUUGCUGAUGGGCUCCAUACUGAGCACGUACUUUCAACCGACACUUUUGCCCAACCUCGAGCCUCAAAAGACGAUGAAGGAGUUGGGGCUUGAACCGCCGGCGGAUCGACUGGUAGUAUUUCUGACCGAUGGCUUGCGAGCGGCCACCUUUCUAGCGAACAACGGCAACGAUGUACCGGAUCUUAGGGAUAUAUAUCUGAAGCAGGGAAGAAUUGGAAUAUCACGAGCCUGUGCACCGACAAUGACCAGACCUGGACACAUUGCAAUAUUUGGCGGCUUCAAUGAGGAUCCAACAGCUGCUUUGGUCAACUUCCGAUAUUAUCCUAGCAACUUUGAUACCGUCUUUAAUCGCAGCAGGCAUGCCAUUGGCUGGGCCCACAGAUAUGUCGCCGGUUACUUUAAAGAUCUUCCACAUGGCGGUGCCCCGAUGAGAUUUGACUCUUUCAUGGAAUCAGAAUUGCCAGAAAAACUCACAUGUGACAAAUGGACAUUCGAAAAGGUACAAAAGUUCUUCAAGAAUGGGGAAAAUGUUCGGGAAUGGCGCAACUAUAAACCUGCUGUGAUUUUAGUCUAUUUAGCUGAUAUGGACAUUGCUGCACAUCGGCUUAUGCCAUUAUCUAAAAAGUUUCAUGAGAAACUUCAGUAUACACAGCAUGGAAUCCGAAUGACCUAUGAACUCUUUGAAAGAAUCUUUAAUGACAGUCGAACGGCUUAUCUGAUGACAUCCGAUCAUGGAAUGAGUGACCACGGAAUGCAUGGGAGUGGAACCGAUCAUCAAACAGAGACGCCACUGUUUAUGUGGGGAGCUGGUGUGAGUCGAGAACAAAGGGAUUCGGAAGUGAACUUUCCUAGCAAGCCCAACAUAUCCGUGGUAGAGCAGACUCAACUGGCGUCUCUAAUGUCAGCACUAAUAGGGCUUCCACCUCCGAUGAACAAUAUGGCCAUUAUGCCGCUCGGCUAUCUUAACGUGAGCGAGGAAUACGAAGUUAAAGCCUUAGAACUAAACGUUUUGCAGCUGGCAGCCCAAGCUAAAAUUCUUUUAAAGCGAUAUGAAAGCGCCCUAUUCUACGAAUGGCUGCCCAAAUUUGAGAAGUUGAAUUUGAAGCAGAUUGAUCAGUUUUCAGGAAAUUUCAAUUCAUUAGUAGAAGGAGGGAAUUUUAAAAAGGCGAUGAAGAUUACUGAAGGGUACGGAAAGUUGUUGCAGAAUUGCUUAGCAUACUACCACGAAUAUUACCAACUUCCGCUGAUGGUAGCCACCACCGGAUCCUACUUAGUUUGGUUCUACUGUCUUCUACUUCAGUUGACUCGUUUGUCCAAGAAGGCAAAGGAGCAGACAAAGGGAUAUAUGACCUUCUCAACGCUGGUAUUAACCAUGAUCGGAAUCUUACUAUUUACAUUGUUGGAACUGCAAAAUGUACCGAAAAUAACAGCCUGCUAUUUAGUUCUGCCAGUGGGUAUGCUAAUUAUGGCACAGGCCGAACGUCCUGCGAAGGGAUGUUGGACUUUAACACCCAUUUUGAACUUCGGUUUCUCUUUGCUACCUGCUGGUCUACUGAUAUUACUGUUCAUUGUUUAUCAACGUACAAGCGUGCUGUAUGCGAUUUUCGUGCUACUCAAAAACCGGAGAGCCUUUCUAAGGCCAUCUAUUAAGUUGUUCGUUUGGCUAGGCCUAGCUUUAGCUUUGAUUGGCCAGCUUUUCGUAUUGGAAAGUUUUAAAAACGGAAUCCAUGUUAUUCCCUUGAAAAACUCUCAUGUGCUGUACAUAGGCAUGGCGAUGGCCAUUGUUCGGCCAUUGAUCUUGGGUCAUCGACACGAUCCCCGGGUUUGGGCCAUCAACUUCAUAACUCUAUUGGUCGGAGCCUGUGGAGUUUACCUGUAUACUGAAAAGGAAACUAUGUCGCCUUAUGUUUACGCCACAACUUGGUCGUUUUUGGUUUACGCCUUUCUGUCUGUUCCGUAUUUCUCGAAGUCUACUACGGAGGCCAAAAGGAGGUUGGAACUUAUCACCAUCAACAUGAUCACUCUUAUCACUCUACUCUCAAACUCCUGGGGAUCAUUGAAUAGCCAACUGUUGAUAACCGAAUUUGUUUUUGGUCAUGAAGUCUAUGAGAAGUCUAGGCGAAGCAAAGAAGAUGAAGAUCUUGUAAAGGAACACGAUCCUUUUCUUAAUGUGAAGGAAUUCUAUCGAUAUGGAUUUAUGAUCCUUCUCUAUUUCUAUGUGUCCUUUUGGCUGGCUGGUCAUUGGCUAACAUCGUUUCUCUUCAAGUCCACAGCCGCAAGACUAUUUUAUCCCCAUUUUUCCCUGUAUUUGGCUGGCAGCUUGAUCCUUCUGAAGAUUGCCCUUCCCUCUCUCAUCGUCAUCUGCUCUCUCUAUGGAAUGGUACCAUUUUUCCGAAAGAAUACCAGGGCGAUUUUAAUCUGCGUUCUAAUAAUCAGCAACAUUAUGGGCCUCUAUAAGUAUUAUUUUAUAAUACAUCGAGGAUCCUGGUAUUUUAUUCGCAAGUCUCUGGACCAGAUCCUGCUGACCCAUGUCGUCAUCUUCAUGCUGAUGGGUUGCAUCGGCUUGGCUAAGAUUUUCCUGGCCGAUACAACGAUGGAAAAGCCAAAACGUAAGAAUGUCAAGUCUUCCCGGCGAGCCUCGGCUCCCGAAGAAACUGAGGCUUAAAAUACUUUUGGAAAGUUCCAGCUAAAUUCUAUUGAUGGAAAAUUUAAUGUUAAUGUGUACUUUGCGGCUUAAAAUAUAACCAAAUUUACUUUUCAACCCCGGAA